AAUUAAGACUAGCAAAAUAAGACGAGAUCACCUGACCUUACAUGAUUAAUCAUUAAUUACCCGCAUAAGAAAAGCUGAUGCAUGAAAUCCGCAAUGGAAGGAAAACCAAGAAUAUGGCAUCUGAGACGUUUCUUUUUAAUCAUUCUCAUGAUUUCAACGGAGAAAGUUGUUAGUGGAACUCGUCCAAAUAUAAUUGUCAUGCUCAUGGAUGAUAUGGGAUGGGGAGAUCUUGGUGUCUAUGGCAACCCAGCGAAAGAAACUCCAAACUUGGAUCAGAUGGCAGCAGAAGGCAUUCUUCUACCAGACUUCUACUCGGGGAAUCCUCUAUGCUCCCCAUCAAGAGCAGCAUUGCUGACUGGAAGACUACCUAUUCGCAAUGGGUUCUACACAACCAAUGAACAUGCUCGUAAUGGCUACACCCCUCAGAUCAUCGUAGGAGGCAUACAAGACGAUGAAAUACUACUUCCAGAGCUGCUGCAGAAAGCUGGUUACAGGAACAAAAUUGUUGGGAAGUGGCAUCUUGGACAUCAGCCUCAGUUCCAUCCUUUAAAACAUGGAUUCGAUGAAUGGUUCGGAUCACCCAACUGCCAUUUUGGACCUUACAACGACAAGAACACUCCCAACAUGCCAGUAUAUCAAGACACUGAGAUGGCUGGAAGGUAUUACGAGGAGUUUGCCAUUGAUAGGAAAACGGGAGAAUCUAAUCUUACACAGCUUUAUAUCCAGGAAGGAGUCAGCUUUGUAGAACAGUCUGUGGCGGCAAGGCAACCAUUCUUUCUCUACUGGACCCCUGACGCCACCCACGAACCCCUUUAUGCCUCCAAGUCUUUCCUGGGGCGUAGUCAGAGAGGAUUAUAUGGGGAUGCCGUGAUGGAGUUGGACUACGGUGUAGGCCAAAUUCUGGAUAAAGUCCAAGAGCUUGGGAUAGCUAACAGUACCUUUGUCCUGUUCACGUCUGACAAUGGUGGCGCUGUGUAUGCUCGAGAAAGUGGUGGCAUCAAUGGGCCAUUCUUGUGUGGUAAAGAGACUACCUAUGAAGGUGGUAUGAGAGAACCAACUAUAGCCUGGUGGCCGACGCACAUCAAACCAGGAGGGGUUACUCAUCAAAUUGGCAGUGUCAUGGAUAUUUUCACCACCGCGCUGAGUCUGGCUGGUAUCGAUCCUCCCAGUGAUCGCUUUAUUGAUGGGGAGAACUUAUUACCGGCCCUGCUCAGUGGGACGCUGGAUGCCAACAAGACGAUGUUCUAUUACCGUGGUAACGAGAUGAUGGCGGUCAGGCAUGGGCUGUAUAAGGCACACUAUUGGACAUGGACCAACUCCAUACAGGAAUUUAUGAGCGGAGUGAACUUCUGCCAUGGCGAAAAUGUGACAGGGGUCAUGACCCAUGACCAGGUCAACCACACCCUCUCUCCGCUCCUCUUCCAUCUUGGACGUGACCCAGGUGAAAAGUACCUCAUCAAGGACACAGCAGCAGAGUAUAAGGCAGUGAUGCCUCAGAUCAGGCAGAUAGUUGAAGAUCACAAGACCAACCUUAUCCCUGGUACACCUCAGCUCAACAUGUGUGAUAAUGCUGUCAUGAACUGGUCUCCUCCAGGUUGUGAGAAACUGAAUAAGUGUCUAAAAGGGCCUGCGUCCGACCCACAUAAAUGUUAUUGGCCUCAUUGAUUAUUAGCCUUCCAUCCACUGCGGCCCUCCUCUUAGUAGUGUGCCAUCUAUGGAAAGCCAACAAUGUCAUGUCAUCUAAACAUUGUACACAUUAUGAAAGAGUGUAUUUCAAUGCUUGAGAACUAUACUCAGAUCUCUGUUUUAGAUGACACAGUUAUACUUUUGGUCAUUCCAUCAUCGAGAUACAUUCUAAUUGAGCCAAAGUCUUUAUGAUAAAGGCCUUAUUUUGAUCACCACUUUGCAUUGUGAUUUAAUAAUAGUGCAUGGUCUAUCUUGUACUAAAUUAGAUUAGGGGGUAUUACAAAAUACUGUAUAAUGCAGAGUACACUUUGUUUUUCCAAAGGUCAAAGGCCUAGGAUUCCAUAUAGUAUUAGUGCAUCAUUAGUGAAUGGUAUUGUCAUUACAUUACUGCAUUGUGGAAAUUGAGCAUUAAAUGCUCACUUGGCCCGAAAUUAUUCUUGCAAUAUCUUUUGUUAUCAAGACUUUAAGCAGUAUGUUGUUAAAGAGCAGAUACCUGAAAUUUAACCUUUUUAUUGGGAAAACAUUUGUAUGAUUGUUUUCUUUAUAUCAGAGUUGUUACUUGUUGUCACUCGUUAUUACAUGUAUCAUGUUACUUUUAGGAAGUACUGUUAUAUGCGCUUUCAUCAUGUGUUUCAGAAGAGCUCAAAUUGGAUAUGCUAUGUGAAGUUCAUUCUAACAUCAACCUGAAAUUGAUCAGCAGAAAAAUUAUAUAUAUAUCAUAUAUAUAGAAAUGGAGCAGUAAAAUUUUGAAAACGAAUUUAAAAAUUAAUGAAUAUUUGAUGGCAGAUUUGGAUUUGCAAACAAAAAUUAGAAUGAAAAUUUUUGAAUUUUCUCUUGAUUUCACUGACUUGCUGUAUUCAUUUUCAGCUAGGAAUUGAGUGCACUACUAUGGGAAAAAUAUAUCUGAAAUUUUGAAGCUACUGUAGUAUUUUUUCUUUCUAUUUUUCGUUAUCUAAUAUCUUUGAACCUAGUGUUAUACAUGUAAAUAAUGAGAGAAAAAGCCAUGAUCGCUGCAGGUUGAUGGUUCUAUCUAAAUGGGUUUUUGCAAUAUCACCUGAUUUCGCCCAAAUGAUUACCAGACUUAAAUUACUUUGGUCUGCGAAUGCACAAGCGAACAUGCACCAUUGUUUGUAUAUCAUUCAAUUUUAAAUAUGUAAUUGCAUAUAUUUUUAUGUAAUAUGAAAUAUUAGACAAGGAUAUAUUCGUAUAAAUUGUGGUAGUUUAUUCCUAAGCUUAUUUAUUCCUAUGAUUUCCCUUUAUAAGAGGCUCUUCAGUUCUCAUUACUUAGAGGAAAAGGAAAUGAAGUGAAAGAAUUGUACAUAUGUACUUAUUUUUCUAUAAUUCUAUUGUCAUAUUGGAAUUUAUUGAACUGAUAGUUGAAUAUUGGAUUUUAUAGAGAAUAUUUCUUAUUUGCUCGAAUGUAAAACUUGCAGGAAAUGUUUUCCAGCAAUUUGAAUGAAUGCGGACAUGGCAAAUAAUUAUUCUGAGAGGGUGGGGCUGUGUGCUUACCCCAAGAUCUGUGUCUGAAACAAUUUACAAAUCGACUAAUUGUAUUACUUUAAUACAAUCAUUUAUAAAUUUUGUAUGUAUAAUCACCGAGUGACUCAUACAUCUAAUUCCAAAAGUGCUUCUUUUCAAAAUUUAUAAUAAAUG